CGCGAGGAUCGUGAUGAGCGCGCCUUGAACACCAGACAAUUAGGGAUAGACCUAACACCGAGCCGGUCGCUUUGAGGUACCGCCUUCACGAUUGCAAUCACUCAACGCUCGUAUCUCCGACAUUUGGACAACCCGGAGCUUUGGAUGGGCGGCACGGGCUUUUCUCUGCCCCACGAUCACGCAAAGUUCUCCUUUAAUUGCCUUCUUUUGGACACUGGCACCCAAGGAAUUGCGGCACAGACAGAGUAGGGACGGCUCGGAUUGGCCAAGCAGCGACAGACGCCCACGUCCAGUGACCGAGCCGCUUGCAAAGCCGUCAAGGUCAAGAUGCGAGCAAUGUAUCCAGCACCCGCUGGGCGUGCGAGCGGCACGGCCUCGGCAACGUCCGGCUACCCUCAACCACGACAGAACCAUACAUCGACUUUUCCCGGCAACCCCGCGUCCACAGCUACAAGUUUUGCCGCUCCAGGCGCAGUCUAUGCUCCUUCCGGUCCUUACCUCUCUACGAAUACUGCCUACACUUCCGGACCGUCAUCUGCAUCCGCUUCGCUCGCUGCGCCUCCGCCCGCGCAUACUCCUUCGCCCUCUGCUCGCUCCAACCAACAGCUCCCGCCGAGCGGGAGCCAAGCGGCCCCUCCUUCAGCUACUUCUAGCGCUCCAACAGCAAGCGGAGCGCUGUCGCCAGAUAGGGCUCCGCCUACAGUGUACUUGGCGACGUACAGCGGCGUGCCCGUCUACGAACUUACCGUGCGCGGCAUUGCUUGUAUGCGUAGAAGGGCAGAUGGUUUCCUCAAUGCGACGCAGAUCUUGAAGGUCGCAGGUGUGGAAAAGGCAAAGAGAACAAAGGUGCUCGAGCGCGAGAUCUUGACUGGAGAGCACGAGAAGAUUCAGGGUGGAUAUGGCAAGUAUCAGGGCACAUGGAUUCCGCUCGCUCGUGCCCACACGCUAAGCGCGGCAUACAAUGUUACUCACCUAUUGCAACCCAUCUUGGAGCUUGACCCUUCGGCCAAUGUGCCUGUGGCAGGUCGCAGGAAGAGGCCGAACCCCAACGCGCCUGCCGCUAGCAUGUACCAUCGAUUGGGACCUGGUGCAGCUGGCAAGAACACCGCCAAGGAGGAGUCGAGUGGAGGUACGCCUGGCUCCGCUGGAUCGCCCGCUGCAGCUGGCUCAAGUCUAGGUUCCGCACCAAGUCAGGCUCCACGUUUUCUCAGCUUGCGUCCACCUGCGCCUGGGGAUGCUUCCAUCGGUGAUGUCAGCCCCACCGCUGCUGCCGCGUCAUCGGGUAUUCCGGCAGGCACCGACGCCCGAGGUCGCACGGCUUUGGAAGGGUACGCUGCCCACGGCUACACCCCGGCUGGCAUUGCUGUGCCUGUUCCAGCGAAGGAGGCGACUACUCAGUCGAUCGGCGAGCCAAGCUAUGCGUCCAACAAGCGUGGUCCACCUUCCCCAGAGACGUCUCCUUCCAGGACGCAAAGCGCCAAGCGAUCCAAGGGCGAUCAGAAUGGCUUCGAGGACUCUCCGGCGGCUCAAGGACUUUCGCCAGUCAAGGACCUGAAUCUGCUGGGGCGAUUGUCGCCCUCUGCUUCGCUACGUGGUGCGAGGCCGGUCAAUGCUUCACGCAUGCGCGCCGGUCCUCCGGAUGCUCAAGGUCUAGGUCCGGGAGCCAGAUUCGCUACUCGACCGGCACCCGUCGUCGAGUCCGAGCCGGAGCGAAAAGCGCGCGAAAUUCUGACGGCUCAAUUCAUUGAUAGCACGGCUCCUCCUUCUGGGCCAGAUGCUCUCGAGUCUGUUCUGGGUGCGCUGCCGGAUGGGUCGGCUGACACUGUCAUCGACGAUCACGGUCACACCGCUUUGCAUUGGGCUGCGGCGCUUGCACGCCUCCCAUUGGUCAAUAUGCUGCUGUCUCUGCCUCCUCCGCGAGGCGCCGACCCCCACAUUGGUAACCACGCAGGGGAGACUGCCUUGCACCGCGCGGUGCUCGUCACAAACGCCUACGACGGGUCCGCUUUCCCCGCCCUGCUGGCAGCGCUGAGCGCGAGUCUGCACACGCGCGACUUCAAGCGGCGUACUCUGAUCCAUCACAUUGCUUUGGUGUCGGCCUUGAAAGGCAGAGCUGCUCCGGCGCGGUAUUAUCUUGCUUGCGUGCUGGAGCACAUCGCCAAACACGAAGGCGGUAAGCAUGCUGCCCUGGUCGACGCGCAAGACGAGGAGGGGGAGACCGCUUUGGGCAUCGUUGCGAGGAUAGGAAAUGCUGGGAUGUGCAAGAUGCUGCUCGAUGUUGGCGCGCGCAAAGAUAUCGCCAACAAUCUUGGCCUCAGACCCAAAGAUUGGGGCCUUGAUGAGCCGGCGUCCACCGCGAGUUCUACGCCUGGACGCGUGGAAGACAGCGGACAUUGGGAGAGCAGUGGCAAGGAUCGGAUUAGCGAUGCCGUGCAAGCUCUCAAACAACCUCCUGCAGGACCAAUACAGAAGAGCGCAGACGUGCAGCAAAGGAUUGCUGAAGUGGUCAAGGAUCUUGACGAGCUUCACGCUCGAGAAUUGGGCGAAAAGAAUUCAGCGCUUGCAGUCGCUCAAGCCCAUCUGCAAGCUGCAACUCGCGAGCUGGCGUCCAGAAGACGCAAGGUCACUGAGGCAGCGCGGAAUGCGGCGACGCGCGAAGAAAAUCGAAUGAGAACGACGAAUUUGUGGCGAAUGCUUUACGAAGUCUUGGCCUGGGAUGUACCGGAAGGGACUAGCCGCGCCGAAGAUUUGGCUUUCCAGCCUGGCAGCGUCGACGAUGCGGACCCCAGAGCUGCCGAGAAACGAGAGCUUGUGGCUGUAGAGAGCCUGCAAAGCUCCGACAUGGUUAUUGAGGGAGGUCUUGCCGCGCAGACACCUUUUCCUGGAGCGCCGUUGGGAGAAGCGGACGAAUUGAUCAGGCUCAGGUGGCUCGAGCGAAUUUUCAAGGAAGAGACGGAUCGUCUGCAGCAAAGAAUCGUAGCGCUGGACGGAGCUGGAGCUGCGAAGCAGAGACAAUGUCGCAAGGUAGUGGCAAUGUGCUGCAACGUGCCCGAGGAGAAGGUGGAAGGGAUGCUGGAUGACCUGGUCACUGCUAUCGAGAGCGACCGGAUGGGCGUAGACUUGGCCCGUCUGGCUGGAUUUCUGGAAAAGAUCAAAAAAAGCGGGAACAAAGAAGGUGAAGCGCCGACAGUGGCGAAGCAUUGAACGUUCUCUCGACAUUUGUCCAAGAAGCAUUGCGCGGUCCACGCCUUGUUCCUUUGAGGAUACAUCGCUCAAGUCGUAUGUUCGCUUCUCCCUGCCGUCACGUUCGGUCCCCUAGGAAUGCGUGUCUACCUGUACGAUAUCUGUUCGAAUCGAGUUUGUUUGCCC